GACAGUCAACAGGUAUGCGCAUGCGCCUAAGAGGAUUUGUAUUUUUCAAUAUGGCGGCUCUGAGGCCCUCUCAACUAUUUCAGACUUGUAAAGCGCAUAAAACACUUUUGAGAAACUUUUCUAGGUUUAGGGGUAAACGUAGUGCAUCAUUAUCGAUUGUGGCAACAGGUUUUACUACUGCAGCAUUUGUUUCUUUUUACCAGUGGCAGAAAAAGUACAAAACAAGAGGUGUCAUACCAAUUUUGCUGGCGAAAGAGGAUGAGGAAGCUGGUCAGAAGCCGACACCUCGAUCGUUGACCUACAGAGAGAUGAGGUUCCUACAGUUUGCCUCGGUUCAGUACAAUGGACAGAUUUAUAUGACACCUCAGGAUUUCUUAGAAUCAGUCACAGAGGAGGUGCCAAGACCUCGAAUAGGAACAACAAAUCUCACUGAUAAAGAUAUGGAACAGUGUUUAAAACAUACACCCUCCAGAAGAAAGGGAGACAAUAAAUUGUUUAGAAAACUCCAUGACAAAGGCGUUAUAUCUUACACAGAAUACCUCUUCCUUCUUUGUGUUCUAACAAAACCAAAGUCUGGUUUCCGGAUAGCAUUCAACAUGUUUGAUACAGAUGGUAACCAGAUCGUGGAUAAAAAAGAAUUUUUAGUUUUGGAAUCAUUCUUCGCUCUGCCCCCACAGGAACGUAAAUUUGUUCCUCGACCACGUGCCAAAUUGCAGGCAAUUUUAGAUUUGGAAGGUGUGUUUAGUAACCAGCAACAAGAUACAGCACAAGCUAUUACACGUAAAGAUUCUCCCGCUAUAAAAGGAACAAUGGGUCAUGUUUUAGUAGAAGCUUUCUUACGGAAUUUAGAGCCCAUACCAGAUACAACAUUGUUGAUUCACUUCUUCGGACCUAAAGGAAAUGAUACAAUGCAGUAUGAUGAUUUCAGCAGGUUUAUGGAGAAUUUACAGGCUGAAGUAAUAGAGUUAGAGUUCAUGGAGUUCUCUAAAGGUUUGAAGACUAUAUCUGAGGAAGACUUUGCUAGAAUAUUACUACGUUAUACAAUGUUAGAUAAGUCUGAUGUGGAAGCAUCCGUGGAGAGAGUUAGAAGUAGAAUUCCAACAGAAAAGGGGAUUACCUUUGAAGAUUUCCAACAGUUUUGUCACUUUCUGAAUAACUUAGAUGACUUUACAAUAGCCAUGAAGAUGUACACAUAUGCUGAUAAAUCUGUGUCAGAAGAGGACUUCCAGAGGGCUGUUAUGGUGUGUACUGGUCAAACAUUAAGUACACAUUUGGUCAAGACUGUGUUCCAGAUCUUUGAUUCUGACGGAGAUGGACAUCUAAGUCAUAAGGAAUUUAUUUCUAUUAUGAAAGACAGAUUACAUAGAGGAUCAAGGUCCCACCUGAUGCACACACAGGACACAUGGAGCACUUAUAAAACCUGUAUCAAGAACGAGAUGAAAUCUUACUGAUGAUUGAGCAACAAAAAGAUAGAAGCUAGAGAAGGAGCAGAGAGAACCCAUAUUAUAGAACUAUUAUUACAUAGAUUUCUACAAAAUGUCCCAUUGAAAGGGAAUAAAUAGAGAUUUAGAAUAUGAAAUAUAUUGUUCCAUAGAUUUCUAUGACAGGAUAUUAUGUACAAACAGAUAUAUGGAGGUUUCAUAUAAAACAUCUGUUAGUUUAUUAAGUCAUAUAUAUGUAUAAAAAAAUCUCAAUAUCUGCAGACUAUGUGAUAAUGUUACAAAUAGUUGUAUAUUUUUAAAAUAUUACAUGUUAUAACUAUUUGUUGCAGCCUGAGUUUGAUUCUUCUUGCAUUAAAGAUAAUUAGAUCUGAAAUAUUUACGCUAGAAGAACGUAUUUUGUGGCAUUUAUCAGAAGUCUAUCAAUGGCCAUUUGUUACUUUUAAAUGUUCAUUUAUCUAUAUAUUUGUCAGUAUAUUGAGUUAAUAGUCCUAAUUCUCUUUCUGUUCGGAUUGUAUUGUAUGAUUUCUCUGAUUUAUGUUCUGAAAACUUUAAUUUAUUUAUUUGCCACCACCACUUUAGGUUAAACAUUGUACUAGCAUAUCAUAUCAUAUGUUACAUAGAAAUUUGCUUUGUUUUGGUGUACCAGUUUUAUUGUGUUGAAAGGCAAUACUAACCUUGCUUUCAAUUUCGAAAAGUUUUCUGAAAGCAAGAACAUAUGGAAAUUUAGUGUGAGUAAAUGAUCAGAAAAUAUAAAUAUGCACUUCUGAUCUUUGCCUGAAAAGUCAAAAGUGUUUUUAACAAGAAAAAACCUACUACGUAUCAAAACCAUGCCCUUGGAAAUUUAAAUAGUUUUAUCAAUUAUGAAACAAGUCUUAACAAUAUCCUUAACCUGUUGUAUAUGUUAGUGUCAGUACUUUUAUACACACUUUUCUUGUCAUUGUAGUUAAAUCCGAUACAUGGAACUGGACUAUUUAUGUCAUAUCCUAACUAUAUUUAUAAGAAACUGUUGAUUUAAUAUGUAUGUGUUUGUGCUUUUCUAUUGGUCUUUAUGAAUGUAGCUAUUUCCAGUUGACUAAUUUACUGAUUCUAUAAACAUGGUCUUUGUUUAAAAAACAAAUACAGCAAUUAGGAGAGUUUUAUGUGUUAUAAUUUAAGUUUAUAUGAUAUACAUUUUUAUUGUUAAUUCUGAAUAAUAUUUUACAAAGUUUUUUUAAAUAAAAUAUUUCUUAUAGUUA